UGAAGACUUAGACAAAAUCCAUGAACACUUGAUUCAUCUUGAUGAAGACAAUGAUCAUUUUGACUCAAUAGCACCAUUUACACAAAACAGAGAAUACCAGGAUGAGGCUGAGGGUCUUCAAGAUUUGCAUCCUGAUCUCAAUGAAAACUAUGAUUUAUCAGAAGAUGUUGGAAUUCCUUCAGCAAUAGAAACUAACAAACCAUUCUACUAUUUCCUCUCUGGAGGAGCUGGAGUGGGCAAGUCCCAUCUCGUCAAAUGUCUAUAUCAAGCAGCACUAAAAUAUUACAACUCCAGAGCUGGUGAAGACUUCAAUGAUGUUAAAAUACUGUUAUUAGCACCAACUGGAAAAGCUGCUUUUGGCAUACAAGGUAAUACAAUACACAGUACCUUGGCAAUUCCAGCAAGCCAGUCACUAAAGAUUUAUAAACCUCUUGACUCAAGUAGACUUAACACUCUGAGAUGUAAACUUCGUGCAGUGAAACUAAUAUUUUUGGAUGAAAUUUCAAUGGUUGGCAAUACUAUGUUUAAUGUACAAAUAAAUAACAGAUUAAAAGAUAUUAUGGGCAGCAACGAACCAUUUGGAGGUGUAAGCAUGAUAGCACUUGGUGAUUUAUUUCAGUUAGAACCUGUUAUGGAUGGUUAUGUGUUUAAAGAUAUGAACAACUCAGAAUAUCGAGCUCUUGCUCCCAACUUGUGGCAAGAACUAUCUACAAUGUUUGAAUUAGAAGAAAUUAUGAGAAAAAGAGAAAGCAAAGAAUUUUCUCAACUUCUUAACAGGUUAAGAGAAGGUAAUCACACUCCAGAAGACAUUGCAAAACUUAAAGAGAGAUGCAUUUCAGAAAAUUGUACAAAUUACCUUAUCGAUGUCCCCCAUUUGUUCAUACAGAAUUCUAAAGUUGAUGAGUUUAAUAGGAGAGUUCACAUGGCUGCAACUGGUGAAAAGUAUACAAUUAAAGCCUUAGAUAGUGUUGUGGGUGCUAACUCUGCAGAACUAAGGGAUAAGAUCUUAAAGCAAGUACCACUUGAUCCUAGAAAAACUAAGGAAUUACCUUUAAACCUUUAA